UGUUUUGUGGCACGAUUUGUGUACAUUGUAAUGGUAAAAUUAUUAAUCUGCGAACAAUAAAUUUUUCUCCACAGUGUUAUCUCGGUAUGCAACUAUUCUAUAUCGUAAUAUGUGCAGCACUGCGUAACAUAUAUCCGGAUGUUUCUGAUGUUUCAUGAUCAGUAGAUGAUUCUGAUUUCAAUGGUUGUAUAAAGUUAUUAACAAUUAAAAUUAUUGAUUAUUAAAGUAAAGUUAAAUAAUGAAUGCGUACAAGAAGAAAUUAUAUUCCGUGUCACGAUUAUGACUAGGCUUUUUUUUUAUGACGGUGCUGUAAGAAUGAAAAUUAAAAAAUCUGUCUGAAAAUGUACGUUUGUAAGUUUACAUUCUUUAUAAUUAAUAACAUUUUAAAUUGCUAACGUUUUGUAUCAAAGAUCAUUUAUUGAUUAAAACAUCGAUAUCUCGUUAUUUGUUAAUCACGUAGUAUUAAUAGUUUACUUAAAUAUAGAAUAAUUGCAGUAAGAGUUUUAUUAUAACUAUUUAUACUUUUGAAUUUAUCUAUAUACAAAAUGAUCAUAUUUAAUAUACUUACUAAUUAAGUGUGAGAAUUGUCGACAUUCCGGAUAUAUUUCACUUGUCUUUAAUUUUAUUUCAAUUUGUCCUACGACGUUGACUAUGUAUUUGACAAGGAUUUUGUAUACAGACGAUCUAAGAAAGUAAUUUGCAACAUGUCAAGGUUAUUUACUUAAUUUUAUAUAUAAAAGAAAAUACAACGUAAACUCUUUCGACACUUAUCCUUUAGUUUUAGACCAAAUUAAACACAGAAGCAACUCAAAAUAUUUGGAAAUUACGAUCUCAAAAUUUACUUACAUGAAAGUCGUGUUAUAACCUAUGAUAUAAUCAAUAUAACAAAUUGAGAAAAAAAAAGAAAUUGUCCGAUACUCAAGACGGAGUAUAUUACGCAUUGUGAUUGUCGAAGUUGAAUAUUGUAUGAUAUGCAGGAUGUUAAUCUAAAUAAAUAUUCUACUAAUGCAAAGAACGAAGUCUCUCAAGGUAUUGCAGAAUGUGACACAGCUGAGCACAAAGUAAUAGCCUUACAACAACAAAUAGUAAAAUUGAACGAAGUAAUUGCAAAUCUAGAAGACGCUAUACAAAUUAAAGAUUCGCAAUUAAAAAGUGCACAUCAUGAGAAGGGCAGAUCACUGGCGGAAGUGAAGAAGCAAAAAAGAUGUAACAGGAACCUUAAACAACAGUUAGAUGACGAAAGAUAUUUUCAUCAACGAGAAAAAGAUUAUUUCACCGAAGAAAUGCAACGCUACAGAACUAGAUACAUCAGUAGCGUGUCCAAGUUCGAACAACAACAACAACGUAAAGAGCUGGAACAAACGCAGGAUAUCUUGAAGAAGGAGAACAAGCAACUCAAAGGGGAAUUGGCGAAUAAGAACGCAAUUACUUACAAUUUAUGUAUAAAGUUUCUUCGUAUGAAACACGCUAAAGACACAUUAAGAUACAAAUUAGAUCAACUGUUGCACGAGCAUUUACUGGUGAUGGUGGAAAUGAUGGAGAAGUUAGACGAGGCGAGAAAGGAACUUAACUUAAUUGUGUCAAAGAAAUUUCAAGAACCCUUGCCCCUCAGUAAGGCCAAGUUCUUGCAAGUUGUGCAAAGAAAUAAUAGAUUGAUGUAUGAGAACGCAACGUUAAAAACGCAAGUUCACCUACUCAUACAAAAAUUAAAAAGUAACGUUCAAAAACCAAAGAAGAUUAACGUAGACGCCACGAUCAUCGAGAAAUUAUCGACGCAACGCAGCGCAAGGUCAAUUCUGAGUAAAACCGAAAGGAUCGCUUUGCUUUCUAAAUUGUCUCAAUCUGUCGACUAUUUCGAAGAUGUAAAAAUGAUCUCACGAGCGCAUUCAAGAAAUGUAGAUGAUUGUACGCUGGACAAUGUGAGAGACAAUGGAGAGGUUUCUAAAGAAUUUCUCACUGAACGUGCCCAAAGCUCGCCAGAAAUCGUAGAAACAUCAGCAAUUUCUCACCAGAACUGAUAGUUCCUCCACG